GUGUAUCUACUCCAGCUUUAAAGAACUACUGGCUGCUGUAUCUAGCAAAGAUACUUGGGUUCAGUUAGCAUUUGCUUAGCUUGCUGCAACAGUUUUACUGAUCCCAAGAUAAUCCCUGCUAUCUAAGGGGCUAUGUUGGACUUAAUGUAUUUAUGAGGCUUUUGAUUUUGGGGUGUGUUUUUUUGCACUUUGAGAUAGGUGCUUAUAUAAAAGUUGCUACUGGUUUGAUUUAUGUAUUUUCUAGUGAAAAUGACACUUCAGAAUUAAGUUUAAAAUUAACAUCGCUGAUGACUGAAGGCAGGCCUGGCCAAUGCGCUGUCAAGUUAUACCAGAAUCUUCCCAUGGUUGAGUGUCACUAGCCCUCUGCUGUGUACUAAGAAGUGAACAGGAAGGGGACUGUUAAUGGGGCCACAAAUGGUGACAAGUCCCUUGGUCCACUACUUCAUUGUGAUGACCUUGCUAACUUGCAGCACCAUCUCGGGCCAUCCUGUAAAGUUGGUCAGCAGCCUUAUUUCUGUGUAAUCUGAAUUCUGAAGAGUAUUCCUUGCAGUACCUACGUAGCUUCACUGAUGAUUUUGUAACAUAUACUCAUGUAAGUGCUGCACUCAAGCUGCUCAUGGGUUUGGACUGGAAGGUUGGCUAUUCUUUUCUUAAUGAAAAGGGGGCAUUUCUGGAGAUGUGAUAAGAUGCAGUUAGUUACUGUAAAAUACAGGCAUUGUUAUAUCUUGCAUUUUGCUCCAUUGUGUGCAGAUCAGUAUACUUUAUUGAUUAUUUUGACUUUUUUUUUUUUCCUGUUUAUUGUGGCUGCUUUGUGGGGUUUUAUCAACAAAGGUGGUGGUGUAAUGAAUCCCAACACUUUAACAGUGUUAGUUUCUUAAAGAUUCUGCACUGACACCUAGUGACAGAAACGGAAAAAAUAGAUCAAAGUUCACAGUACCUGCUCCGGUCAUCACUGCCACAACUGCUAAAAUGGAGGUGGUUUCAGCGGAAGUCAACAGCUUGCUCCCUGAGGAAAUAAUGGACACUGGUAUAACUCUGGUGGAAGAUGACAGCAUCGAGGCGGUUAUUGUGUCGUCGCCAAUGGGAGACUCUAUUCCCAUGGAAACGGAACUGGAAGAAAUAGUGAGCAUAAGCUCCACCAGCGACUCCCCAGCUACAGCCACAGUCACUACAGAAUCAGUUACUGCACCGAGCAAUCACUCGAGCGACACAACAGUGAACACAACCCCAAAAACUGAUGUGAAUGCAGUAGUAAAGCCUACCUUUCCAAGUGGCCUACAUAAACUUGGUGCUCAGACCCCCGUCACUAUAUCAGCCAAUCAAAUUAUUCUGAACAAGACUGCUGAUAUUAAAAUAGGCAAUCAGAAUAUUAAACCAGAUGGGCAAAAACUAAUUGUAACAACUUUGGGCAAGUCUGGCCAACCUAUUGUUUUAGCAUUACCCCACAACCAGCUCCCACAAGCACAGAAGGCUGUGUCCCAAGCCCAAGGUGGAGACUGCAAGGUACAAGGCCAGCAGAUCAAAGUUGUUAUUGGAGGUCGAUCGGAAGUGAAACCUGUUGUUGGUGUCUCAUCUUUGACGCAAGGAAAUCAGUUGGUAAAUACUGCAUCCCAGCCUUCUGUUUUGCAGACCCAGCCAUUAAAAACAGUACAGAUUGCAAAGAAGACCCGAACCCCAACCUCUGGCCCAGUGAUCACCAAGCUGAUCUUUGCAAAACCAAUCAAUAGCAAAGCUGUUACAGGGCAGACCACUCAAGUGUCACCAGUCAUUGCAGGUAGGGUUCUUUCACAGUCUGCUCCAGGAACACCACCAAAGACAAUAACGAUCUCUGAAAGUGGAGUCAUUGGAUCAUCUUUGAGUACAACUACACAGCAGACACCAAAUAAAAUAGCUAUUUCGCCACUCAAAUCCCCUAAUAAGCUAACAGUGGUGUCAGUGGCCUCCCAGCCUCCCAACUCCCCCCAGAAGACGGUGGGCGUCCCACUGAAUGUAGCAUUAGGACAGCAGAUCCUCACAGUGCAGCAGUCAGCACCCUCCUCCCCUGGGAAGGCUAUAGUCAACCACACAACUGCCCAGGCUGUGAAAUCAGCAGUGCAGACCAUUACUGUAGGAGGAGUGGGCACAUCUCAAUUUAAGACAAUUAUUCCCUUGGCAACUGCACCCAAUGUUCAGCAAAUUCAGGUACCUGGAAGCAAGUUCCAUUAUGUCAGACUUGUUACUGCCACAACAGCCAAUAGUUCAACUCAGUCAGCCAGUCAAAAUCCCAGUACAAAUACACAGCCUCUUCAACAGGCAAAGCCAGUGGUAGUGAAUGCAACCCCAGUGCGGAUGUCUGUCCCCAUAGUGCCAGCACAGACUGUGAAACAGGUGGUACCCAAACCGAUCAACCCAACUUCCCAGAGAGUUACUACUAGUCAGCCCCAACAAAGACUUAUUAUGCCAGCCACCCCACUGCCACAGAUACAGCCCAACCUCACCAACCUCCCACCGGGCACUGUACUGGCACCAGCACCUGGUACAGGAAAUGUUGGGUAUGCAGUCCUUCCAGCUCAGUAUGUCACACAGCUACAGCAAUCAUCAUACGUAUCUAUAGCAAGCAACACUGGCUUUACAGGGACACCUUGUAUCCAGUCCCAAGCAAGGCUACCAUUCAAUGGAAUAAUUCCUUGUGAAUCAGCAAACCGCCCCAGGAAGCCUUGCAAUUGUACUAAGUCUCUAUGCUUGAAAUUGUACUGUGAUUGUUUUGCAAAUGGUGAAUUCUGCAAUAACUGCAACUGCACAAAUUGUUAUAACAACCUGGACCAUGAAAAUGAUAGGCAAAAAGCAAUAAAGGCCUGCCUUGACAGAAAUCCUGAAGCCUUCAAGCCCAAGAUAGGGAAAGGAAAGGAAGGAGAAUCGGAUCGGAGACACAGCAAAGGGUGUAACUGUAAACGCUCGGGAUGUCUCAAAAACUACUGCGAAUGUUAUGAGGCAAAAAUCAUGUGUUCUUCCAUAUGCAAAUGCAUUGGCUGUAAAAAUUUUGAAGAAAGCCCAGAGCGAAAGACAUUGAUGCAUUUAGCAGAUGCUGCAGAAGUUAGGGUCCAGCAGCAAACUGCUGCAAAGACCAAGUUAUCUUCCCAAAUCUCAGAUCUGCUGACAAGGCCAACACCAGCACUCAGCAGUGGUGGUGGGAAGUUGCCCUUCACGUUUGUAACCAAGGAGGUAGCUGAUGCAACCUGUGAAUGCCUUCUUGCACAGGCAGAGCAAGCAGAGAAGACAGGCAAGUCAAAAGCUGCAGCAGAGCGCAUGAUCCUGGAGGAGUUUGGACGCUGUUUGAUGAGAGUUAUUAACUCUGCAGGAAAGUCCAAAAGUGACCCCUGUGCCAUGAACUGCUGACUCGUGCACAUGAGCCACAAUGAAGUGGACAGAACAGAACACUUAAGGCACAGGGACACUUUGGUUUGGCAUAGAGGAUUUAGUAUUUGUUAAUUUGGUGCUUAUUAUAAAUUGACCUGCAUAAUAUCGAAACAUGCAAAUCUUUUUAUAACAAUAUGUAGAGCCUUUGAAAUCUUAGCUAAAUCCUCUUCUACUUAAGACAAUGCUUAAUGGUCAAUUUUCUUCCUGGUGUACAGCUUUUACCUUGGGUUUCUUAAAAAUUAGAUGUAUUCUCCUCUUUCCCCCAGAAUAAUUACCUGAAGGGCAUAUAUAAAUUAUUAUAAUAUAUAUCAUUACAGUGUAUGGAGUUGCAUUACUUUGUGCAUACAGGAAAACACAGGUGAUGUCAACAGAUAGGUGAUGCUUUUGGCAACAGGCCCAUAAUAAGGAGGUACCACUGUAUCCAAGAUAAUUCUGAAAGGAAGUGUGUAAAAGCAUCUAAGUAGAAGGUAGUACUUGUAUUUGGGACCUGACACAGAAUAUUCCAUUAGCACAUGGAGCACUGAAAUACACAGGCAGUAAUACAGAGGAGUGGGUUGCAUAUUUAGCGUUGGACAAGUGAUGGAGAAUCUUGCUGGAGUGGGCCCAAGGAGUUUAGAAGCUAAUGGAAUUAAUGGGAAUUUUUUGAUAGGAAUGUGGCUGAGAGCUCAUGUUGGUUAAGCUGGAACUUGAAGGCUAAGACAAGUGAGUGGCCUGUUCUCAGAAGUGAGGAAGGGCAGCCACACCACAGUGCCAGGUAUCUGCUUCAGUGUACAGUGUUACCUAACCAUGCAGCCAACAGAUGCUAUUUCUUAGGUGUUUAUCUGGUUUUUCAGAAGUCUGUGACAGCCUAAUCCCUCCCUGGAGAUAGGGCUGUGCGGUCUGUGGUGCUUUUGAGGAUCAAGCUGUAACCCUGGAAAGCAUUUAAGCCUAAGAAGCUGAGGUCAUGGGAAGUAUUGGAACCACAGUUGUCUUAAUGAGGACUUGAGAAAAUCUGCAUCCAAAUUGACUUGCAAACAGAGGUAGGGUCAUGUUCAGCCUGGUUGCGGGUCUUCAGGGUGCUGCUUCUCUGUAUGUUGUCAGCUUAGUUGGCAUAAGGGAUAUUUAAGUGUUGUUUAGAAUGACUGAGAGCAUGAUCAGAGAGGAUGCUAGCACAAAAUCAGGUUUGCUUUCAAAACAGAUACACAGAUCCUUUUACACAAAGCUGGGGGGGGAGGAGAGCAGGGGCAAUAAACUAUAGCUGUGUACAGACUUAGGGCAGGGGAUAUUUUUCAGUAUUUGUUACAGGCAAUCUCGGAUCAUGUUUCUGGUAGCAGAACACAUUUGCAAAAUUAACCUAGUAGAUUAUUUACCUACCAUGGGUGUCUAUAUAUUUUAAUCACAGGCAUUUUUAUUACCUGUCUCACUGCAGUCUGAACUAUUUAGUUUUUUCCAAAAAAGAUUUAGUAUUCCUCAUGUAAAAAUGUAAAUACAGAGAAAAGCAGCAGAGCUCUUUCUCCAGGUUUUCUAGCAGGGCCAGGCUGGAGAAAGGUAGGGGUUAGGCAAACCAGCAGCAGAGCUAAGUGCCUACAUGUAUGAUGGCAAUAGGGUGGGAGGAUGCUUCCCCUCCUGUCUUCACCCCAGUCUUGUGCACUGAGCAGAAAAGCCCUUGACCCUUCUCUGGUGCCUCCUCAAAAUGCCUCAGGGGCUUGAAGGGCCUGGGAGGUGGCCAGCAGCAGUGACCAUUGAGUCGUCUUUGCAAACAAGGUUUGACCUGCCAGUCACUGUCUGAAGGGCCCUGUCUGCUAUUAAUAUUUCCCUGAAAAUGAAUAGCAAGUCUCUGAAAAGGGACUCCACCUCUUAUGUACAUAUUUUUUUUCAUAAUUAGGACUUGGAUUUACUAAAAAAUCAGUGCAGUAAUUUUACAUGUAGAUAGCGCGGAUAUUCAGUUUACUUCUAGUGACCUACUAUAGUAUGUCCAGUAAGAUUUGUAUAAAUGUAAAUUAGUGUAAGUGAAUAAAGUAAUACCUACUUACGUUAUUUUCCAAACAGAUUGCAAUAUGCCUUCUUUUGUUUAGACUUCAGUCCAUGUUAAUUUUGUAUAUAUACCAUGUCUUACUCUAAAUUGCACCUUUUGUGAUGUGUAUUUAUAUACAGUGUGCAAAAACACUUGUGAAAUUUAGAUGACAGUUGUAAUUAUGUAUGAUGGUAUUGCUUGAGAAUAUUUUGCUUGUAAAGACUUUAAAGGUGCAAUCAAA